UACCGGGCUCCUCCCCCGCGCGCCCCGCUGCCGCCGCCACCGCCGCCGCCGCCUCCCCUCGGGCCCGUCGCGCCUUUGGAGCUCGCAGCCAUGGUGGCCUGGCGCCAGGCGCUCGUCGUCUGCGUCGCGUUCUCCUUGGCCACCGUGGUGCACAGAGGAUCUGGGGACUCAAGAGAUGAAUUGAACCUUGAGCAUGGACUUCCAGAAACUUCCUCUGUGAAGCAGCAAUGGGAGCACCACAUCACCACCACAACCAGGAGGCCAGGGGCAGCCAAGGCCCCCGCAAAUCCUGCAGUCGAUGACUUUAACUUGGCUGAUGGUUUGGAUGAUGGAAAUGACCGAGAUGAUGGCCCAAAGAAGCCCAGUGCAGCAGGAGAAGGAUUUUCAGACAAAGAUCUUGAAGAAAUAGUAGGCGGUGGCUACAGACCUGAUAAAAAUAAAGGUGAUGGUGGCUAUGGUGGCAGUGACGACCCUGGAGCCGGCAUGUCUGCGGAGACGGGCACCAUCGCCGGCGUGGCCAGCGCCCUGGCCAUGGCUCUCAUCGGCGCCGUGUCAAGCUACAUCUCCUACCAGCAGAAGAAGUUCUGCUUCAGCAUCCAGCACGCAGCAGAAGGUCAAGAGGGGCUAAACGCGGACUACGUGAAGGGGGAGAACCUGGAGUCUGUGGUGAGCGAGGAGCCACAAGUCAAGUACUCGGCGCUGCAGACGCAGGCCUCGGAGCCGCCGCCACCUGAGCCACCCCGCAUCUGAGCCCAGCUCAGCUGCAGCCGCGCACGGAGGGCGCCACCGCUUGUGACCGCUGACUUCCCACGGCCCCUCAGCCGCUGUGCUGUACUCCUUGUGUCAUUGGCUUCCUGUCGCUCUCAGUUUUCCAGACAAGCUUUGUGUGUCCGUGAGUGUGGUCCCCACGCCCGCCUCGCACGGUUCUGUGAAGAGACUUGGUGCUGACUCGACCCAGCCCUGCCCGGCCUGGUGGACAGCCAGCACCAGCCUUGGAUCUGCCGGGCCUUGGACCCUGAAUGGAGCCAGCCGGCCCAGGCCCUAGCCUGGGGACUGGGGGUGGAGAGAGGCAGGGUGGGCCAGAGGACGCAGAGACGGUGGGUGGUGCCGAGUGCCGAACAACAGCCUGCACUCCGGACUGGCUGCGGUCCUCAGUGCCAGCUUCACGCCCAGGGUGGGUUUCCUUGUGGGCUUUCUUCCCAAUUCCAGGUUUCCCGUCGCCGGCCUAGGUGUGGACGCUGCCACCUAUGUAGACCUGCAGUCGUCCUCUAGUGCUGAUGAAACGUGCUGGGGACCUAGGGCUGGCCCCCAAGCUGGCCCGGUGCCACCUGGCUUGGGCAGGAGCACAGCUGGCUCCAAAGGAGGCCCCCAUGUGCCAAUAUCAGUUUCCAGUGUGUCAAGAAGUGCUUGCGAACGUAGGAUGUGUCACUGCUCACUGCCGCUCCAGACUGCACGACUCCCCACAUGCCACACAGGCCGGGGUGGGGUGGCUCCUUCCCAUCAUCCUCCGCGCUGGGAUGAGGCAACUCCCUUAUUUUUUUUCAAAGGAAAUCAAUGAAAUCCAAACAGCCCCCACGUGGUGUGUACUGCAUGCCUAGUGUGUGUGUGCGUGUGUGUUCGUGGUUUUAAAGCCCCUAUGGUGGAGGCCAUCGGGUCACUGCCGUCUCUCUGGGGGGACUGAGAUCCCAGACUUUGGGUCUGAAAGGGCUGCGGCGCCAUGAGGAGGGCACAUGUGGCCCAAGAAGCCCCAUCUUCCAGGAGCUGAGUUGCAUUGCAGGACUGGCCUGUUCCUCAGGCCAGAAUGUGGUCAGUGUGGUCAGCUUUGUGUCUGGACACCAAGGGCGCCAAAGCCGACGGCCAGUGCCAGCCUGGACGUGGUGUGGAGGGUUCUGCAGCUGGGGCCUGAUGGCACCUAGAUAGUGGGGCGGGGCUGCCUCACUUCCCGUGAGGCCUGUCCGCUGGCAGAGGCCUUGGGAGCCUGCAGCCGUCUGUAAAAUAAAUGCUCUUUGCAAAAAUGUUUUUCUGGGUAGCACUGAAAGCAGCCCACUUUUUUCUCCUUUAGCUACCUUGGUGCCUUCUGCAUAAAGCCCUUCUGCAUAAAACCCAUCACUUGGCCCCGUGGGCGCUCGCUCCAGACACCUGGACAGGCCCGGGCCACCCCUCAGCCUCCUGAUCGCAGUCUCAUCCCAGGGGCUCUUCUUCCGCUGUCACCUUACACUUGCUCGGGCGCUGUGGCUGACACAAGCCUGGCGGGCUCCUCUCCUAACUGUGUCUACCUGAAGGUUCCUUGGCCGGUGUGGGCCUGUCCCAGGUGGGAGGAGAGGGAGGAAACCAGAAGGGCCGGCCGGAAGGUCCCAUCUCUGCCAGCCACCCGCAGGGGGGACACCCGGCAGCUUUGGCCGCAUGAGAGGCUGAGGGUACCUGGUAGGGAAGCACCCUCGGGUGUGGGCAGGCCCAGCUCUGCAAGGAAGACAUGCUGGAGACCGACCUCUGACCCCUGUCCAUCCUCAUCUGUGCUCAUGUCCACAUGUGAACUGUAAACUGUCCAGUGUCUGCAUUAAACAAAACAGAACCAGA